AUGCCAGGAGGUGCAGUUGUGCUAGGAACGACCGACACGAGUCGGAUCGAAGCCCCGGUCACGGUGAAGACAUACUUUAUGUGUGUCUUCGCCGCUUUCGGUGGUAUCUUCUUCGGUUAUGACACUGGCUGGAUGGGUGGUGUCUUGGGAAUGCCCUACUUCAUCCAGAUGUACACCCACAAGCCAUACCCCGCCGACCCUCGAGCUGCUCACCUUCCGCCUGACUUCGCUCUUCCUGCAUGGGAGAAGUCGCUCAUGACUUCCAUCCUUUCGGCCGGAACUUUCUUUGGUGCCCUCGUUGCCGGUGAUAUCGCUGACGUUAUCGGCCGUCGUCUCACUAUUGUCAUUGGCUGCAUCGUCUUCUCCGUAGGCUGCAUUCUCGAAAUCGCCCCCAAGGACGCCCUUGCCGCCUUCGUCAUCGGUCGUCUCAUUGCUGGUGCCGGUGUUGGCUUCAUCUCCGCCAUUAUCAUUCUGUACAUGUCGGAAAUCGCCCCCAAAAAGGUCCGUGGUGCCUUGGUCUCUGGCUACCAAUUCUGCAUCACCAUUGGUAUCCUGCUUGCUAACUGUGUCGUCUACGCCACUCAAGACCGUCUCGACACUGGCUCCUACCGCAUUCCCAUCGGUGUCCAGUUCCUGUGGGCCAUCAUUCUCGGUGUUGGUCUGCUCUUCUUGCCAGAGUCCCCCCGUUUCUGGGCUCGCAAGGGCGACAUCGAGAAGGCCACCGACUGCCUUGCGCGUGUCCGCGACCAACCACGUGACUCGGACUACGUCCAGGAUGAGCUGGCUGAAAUUCUCGCCAACUUGGAAUACGAGCGCGACCAUAUCCCCACGACCAGCUACGUUGGCUCGUGGCUCGCUUGCUUCCAAGGCCCCAUCUCUGAUGGUAGCUCCAACCUUCGUCGCACCAUCGUUGGAACUGGUCUCCAGUGCGCUCAGCAAUUCACUGGUAUUAACUUCAUCUUCUACUUCGGUACCUCCUUCUUCCAAACACUCGGCACGAUCAGCAACCCCUUCCUGAUCUCGCUCGUCACCACCCUCGUCAACGUGCUGACCACCCCAAUUUCCUUCUACAUCAUCGAGAAGUACGGUCGUCGCCGCAUUCUGCUCAUCGGUGGCUCUUUGAUGGUCGUCUGCCAAUACAUUGUUGCCAUCAUCGGUACCGCCGCCCCCCACGCUCAGACCCCCGGCGGCAAUCCCCCCGCAGUCCGUGCGGAAAUUGCCUUCAUCUGUCUCAACAUCGCUUCCUUCGCCACCACCUGGGGUCCCGCUGCCUGGGUCGUCGUCGGUGAGAUGUUCCCGCUCCCCAUCCGGUCACGUGGUGUCGGCAUGUCGACCGCGUCCAACUGGUUCUGGAACUGCAUCAUCGGUGUCAUUACUCCCUACUUUGUGUCCACCGACGAGGCCAACCUCGGCCCCAAGGUGUUCUUCAUCUGGGGCUCCACCGCUGCCCUCUCGGUCACGUUCGCCUACUUCUUCGUCUCUGAGACCAAGGGGUUGUCGCUUGAGCAAGUUGACCAGAUGCUUGUGGAGACAACACCACGGACGUCGAGCAACUGGAAGCCGCAUACCACCUGGGCCGCAGAGAAGGGCAAGGUGCACGAGGGUGGCGAGGAGAAGGUCGUCGAGGACAAGGAGAGCACGGAGCCCGCUGGUGUAGAGCUUGGAUCCAUACCAGUAGUUUGCAACAUCCCCGCAGUUGCUCUCGAAGGACUUGUCGGCGGUAUUGUGUUGUUCCUUCCUGCUGCCGGUUGGAAGAGAACUUGGGAAGCAACAGCAGACUUUGACCCGAUCAGCCUUGGCGCGACCACGCGAUCGUUUGGAAGGCGGCGAGCGGGAAGGCUUAAGCCGAUAGAAGCGGAUUGCCCAGAAAACGAGGGCAUAGAGUGA